AUGGUGAAGCUUUCGCCUCUGUUAUACUCAGCGCCAUUCUUCUUUCAACUCGCACUUGCCGAUCCAUUACAAGAUCUUUGCGAAACGCUUCGCAGUCUGGGACUAAAGAAGCUAUCAUCUUAUAUAUCCGAUGUCGCAGCAGCAAAUACUCCUACUGGCCAGCACUUCAUCGGUAUUCUUUCGAUGGGCAACGCAGGUCCGAUGACACUCUUUGCACCAACCGAUCAGGCUUUUGAUAACUUCGCGGUCAAGCUGAACCCCCCAGAACGUCUCGCCAGCAUCCUUUCAUAUCAUUUAGUACAUGGGCAUUUCCCUCUCGGGAUCGAUGACGGCGUACACGACGAAUCAUUUGCCAUAAACCAGCCGAGCGUGGGCCAACCCGGCAUAAACCAACCCGGCAUCAACCAACCUGGCGUCGUAGACGGUCAACAAUGGUCUGGUACAGGUCAACAAUGGCAAGGGGGUGAACAACAGUGGAAUCAAGGCGGCCAGCAAGGUCAACCUGGCACCAACAUGGGCAACCCAAAUGUCUAUGCGAGCGACCAGGGUCAAUCUCCUACAGAUGGGCAGACACCAGUCCGCCGCGAGGAAUCUGAAUCGCCUAUUCCAGACCUACAAUCCGCAAUUGUUGGUAAUCCUCCUAUCCCCUACAACACCCCUAAUCAUGUCACCAUUGGUCGUUCCACUCUUAUCGACUCGAAAUAUGUGAUGCUGGAGGGAAAGGAUCGAGGACAAGUGGUAGCGUGGUCUAACGUUACUGGAACAGAUGGGAAGACAAGGAUGUUGAACCAAGACUCGGACUGCCCUGUUUUGAAGUCGACGAAGUGGAAAGAAAUCAUCAUCAAUGUCGUCCCUGUGGUCCUUUAUAUCCCCGGUUCUCUGCCCCAGCUGCUUAUGAAACAUAAACUUGUCGCCUUCAAAGCUAUGCUCAAGGAAACAACAGCGCCCGGGAUGCCCAUGAAUCUCCUCGAUGCUCUUGAUGCUAGCAAUGGAUACGGAAGCCAUGGCUUCACUAUCUUCGCGGCUUCCGAUGAGGCCGUGAUGCAUGCUAAAGAAAUGAUCCCCGCUAUGACCCUCAAUGACCCUCACGCAAUGGCAACUGUUAUGCAGAAUCAUAUCAUUAACGGCACAACCAUUUACUCCCCUACUCUUUGUUCAUCCACUUAUCCUUUUUACGCCAUCGCCUCUUCAGGCGGUCCUCUUACGUUCAUGGUUAACAAUACUGGCACAUUCGUUACGAUCAACCACAACGAUGGAGGACCCAUUCAUAGCGCUAGGAUCCUGUCAACGGAACUUCUCGCGCAUAAUGGUGUGGUGCAUGUUGUAGAUUCGAUACUCAUGAGUCCAUACCGGGACGAUAAUGCGGCUUAUGCGGCGUACAAUCAGGCUGCUGCGAUGGCUAGUCAACCAUUCAUACCGGAACAGGGACCAGUGGGCCUACCUACAUCCCUGCCUAUAGGGACCGGUAACGGAAUCGGUGGGGGCGUUGUGAUUAACGCCGCCCAGAGGCAUUUUGACAAUCUGUUCAAUUUUGGCGGAUGGGAUCUGUCCAACUACGGUGUGGUUUUGAGUAUAUUGACGGGGAUAUGGUUCACCACCGUACCCUUUUAA